UUUAUAUAAACCAAGAACGUAACGUCAAACAACGCAAACCCCAGUACAAUGUAUCUCCAGUUCAUCAAUCCCACAAGCACAACCACCACCUUAAACGACAACCUCCCCAUCUCCAAGAUAGCUUGUUCUUGUAUGCCGCAGCAAUCACUUGCUGAUCAGAACAGUGGCUUGGUUGGCGUGUCAGAGCCGGAGCCGAUGGUGCAGAGGUGGGAUGAUGGUGGUGGUAGGAGAGUGGUGCCAGCGAUGGACGCGGUGGUGAAGGUGUUUUGUGUGCACACAGAGCCGAACUUCUCGUUGCCGUGGCAGAGGAAGAAGCAGUAUAGUACGAGUAGUAGUGGCUUUGUGAUCGGGGAUAGGAGGGUGUUGACCAAUGCGCAUUCUGUGGAUCACCAUACACAGGUCAAGGUCAAGAAACGUGGCUCUGACACUAAGUACUUGGCAACUGUGUUGGCCAUUGGAACCGAGUGUGACAUUGCAAUGCUUUCGGUGAGUGAUGAUGAGUUCUGGGAAGGGAUUUCACCUGUGGAGUUUGGGAGUUUGCCUGCGCUGCAAGAUGCUGUGACUGUUGUGGGAUACCCUAUAGGGGGCGACACAAUCUCUGUGACGAGUGGUGUUGUGUCACGCAUGCAGAUACUUUCUUAUGUUCAUGGUUCCACUGAGCUACUCGGAAUGCAGAUAGAUGCUGCAAUAAACUCUGGAAACUCUGGUGGGCCGGCGUUUAAUGAUAAGGGAAAAUGUGUGGGGAUUGCAUUUCAGUCUCUUAAGCAUGAAGAUGCGGAAAAUAUAGGCUAUGUCAUACCAAUACCAGUUAUUAUGCACUUCAUUUUGGAUUAUGAGAAGAAUGGGGCGUAUACAGGGUUCCCAAUUCUUGGAAUUGAGUGGCAAAAGAUGGAAAAUCCUGAUUUGCGCAUGUCAAUGGGGAUGAGACCUGAUCAAAAGGGCGUGCGAAUCAAAAGAAUGGAGCCUACAUCUCCGGAAUGUCAUGUUUUGAAACCAUCUGAUGUUAUUCUUAGCUUUGAUGGAGUUAAUAUUGCUAAUGAUGGCACAGUUCCAUUCAGGCAUGGAGAGCGCAUAGGUUUCAGUUAUCUUGUCUCCCAAAAAUACAUUGGAGAUCAGGCUCUAGUUAAAGUUCUACGCAAUUCCCAGACACUUGAAUUCAACAUAAAACUAGCGAAACACAAGGAACUGAUCCCUUCACACAUACAUGGAAAACCUCCUUCCUAUUAUAUCAUUGCAGGAUUUGUUUUCACAGCUGUAUCUGUUCCAUAUCUGCGUUCUGAGUUUGGAAAUUUAUUUGAUGUUCCGAUCAAACUGUUGGACAAACAUUUACAUGCAAUGGCAGAGUCCGUUGAUGAACAGCUUGUUGUUGUUUCUCAGGUACUUGUUGCUGACAUUAAUAUUGGUUAUGAAGACAUUGUUAACAAUCAGGUGCUUGACUUCAAUGGUAAGCCUGUGAAGAACCUUAAGGGCCUAGCCAACAUGGUCGAGAAUUGUAAUGACGAGUACCUAAAGUUCAGCCUAGAAUAUAACCAGGUGGUUGUUCUGCAGACAAAAAAUGCAAAGGCAGCAACACUAGAUAUACUCGCGACACACUGCAUAUCCUCGUCCAUGUCUGAUGACCUUAAGAUUAAAGACAAUAUGUUGCAGGAAGUAUAGUCUUUGUCCGAUGAUCUUAAGACUACGAUUUUUAAGGAAGAACAAAUGAUCACUUAUCCUUUAGCUGUAUCCACAUAGAUUACUUUCAGGAAGACCUCAGGGGUAGCAAGUACAUCUUGUAAUAGAGAAUGUGUUAAACGGCAAAACUAUCUUUCUUGUAAUCAUUUACAUUAGAAAACUUUAUACAACUGAAAACGUUUAAUCUACUCAGAUCAACUAAAACAAUUUACUACACAAGUUUCAGUUUUUGGCCGGGAAUCAAGAGAAUCCACCCUUCACUUUUCAGACUUGGUCUAUAUCAGAUGCACUCCUAGACUUAAGUUAUCUGAUUCUAACUUGCUCUUACAUAGUAUUUUGUAAGAGAAAUACAAAAUUCUAAAUAAAGCUG